CCUGUGUCUUUAUCGGCUCUCUUUCUCUUCUGCACCUCAAAGUACAUAUGUUUUAUUUUGGGUAUUGAUCGAUCCCCCAGGAAAUUGAUUAUACCAGCAUACCGUAGUCUGCAGUAAGAUGGCGACUCGACGAAGAACGUCAACAUCUGAGAGUAACAAAAACACUAAGCUAACAAUAUUGCCUGAUCCCGAGAGCCGCUUUCGCCGAAUCCUAAUGCUCGUAAUGCUGUUUGCCAUCGUUGCAUUACCUUGUCUUGCUCUUUACAACGCUGUGUAUCCGUUACGAUUUUUUCAUAGUUCGCCACGGAAAAAUCUCGCGGCCGCCAAUCCCUCUUUGGACACGGAAGAGGUUAAACUAGAGAGAGUAUUAAAGGCAGCAUCCAUGAAAGAUAAAACAGUGAUCAUAACAACACUGAAUGAAGCGUGGGCUGCUCCAUAUUCAAUAUUUGAUCUAUUUCUUGAAAGUUUUAAAAUAGGAGAAAACACAAAAGGUCUUUUGAAGCAUUUGGUGGUCAUCGCGUUAGACCAAAAAGCGUAUAAGCGUUGUUUGGAAGUACAUCCUCAUUGUUAUGCUCUUACAGUUGAAGGAGUUGAUUUCUCCGUCGAGGCAUAUUUUAUGAGUAAACCAUACUUGAAGAUGAUGUGGAGUAGGAUCGAUAUUCUUCGAGUUGUUCUUGAAUUGGGGUACAACUUCCUUUUCACGGAUGCUGAUAUAAUGUGGUUUCGAGAUCCAUUUAGGCGAUUUUACGAGGACACAGAUUUUCAGAUAGCAACCGAUAAUUAUGCUCUAAACGACUCUUACAACAUGAACAACAUGCCAAAUGGGGGAUUUACUUAUGUUAAAUCAAACACUAGAUCAAUAGAAUUUUACAAGUUUUGGUUUAUGUCGAGAAUUAAGUACAAAAAUAAGCAUGAUCAAUCUGUACUUAUGUUGAUUAAACAUGAUCCAUUUCUUGAAAAGAUCGGAUUGAAGAUUAGGUUUUUGAAUACAUUGUACUUUGGUGGAUUUUGUGAAACAAGUAAAGAUUUCAAUCAAGUUUCGACGAUGCAUGCGAAUUGUUGUUUUGGUUUGGAUACCAAAAUUCAUGACAUAAAUAUUAUGCUGGAUGAUUGGAGAAAUUAUGCAUCUUCGUCGCCAAGUCUCAAGAGUUCAUGGAAUUCCACAUGGAGAGUGCCACAAAAUUGCAGCAUCAAAAACUUCGACCGGGAUUAUAGACCAAAGAGGUUGGUGCAAAAGGGAAAGAAGGAUUAAUUAAUCACGAAACUUCCUCAUUAGAAGAUUAAGGUCAACCGAUGGACACUUAAUUCUCUGUUAGAGUUCGAUCAUUUGGAGGAUCAUUUCUCUAUUGUAUUUCAACUUUCAACAGUUAAUAAAACUCUUUUGUUCCGUAAUGUGGUACAAAUAUGGCAUAGUAGGAAAUACCACAUGGUCCUAGGAAUAAUAUAUUAGGAUGAGUUUAGUUCAGUUGACCCAGUCAAUUAUCUGUUUGGUCCCUUUUUAAAAUAUAAAUUAUAGUUUGGUCCUAGAAAUUAUCGUUUGGUCCUAGGAUGAUGUCAUGGAUGAUGUAAU